CCUGUGUGUGUGUGUGUGUGUGUGUGUGUGUGUGUGUGUGUGUGUGUGUCUAGGCUAGCCAGGAGUCUCUCAGCCUCACCUGCCAGACAGCACCCACUCCCUCCACACCCUGCCGGCUAUAUUCUCCUGAGAUCUCCAUCUCCAUCUUGGCCAGCCCAGACAAUGCCUCCCAACCUCACCGGCUACUACCGCUUUGUCUCACAGAAGAACAUGGAGGACUACCUGCAAGCCCUAAACAUCAGCAUGGCUCUGCGGAAGAUAGCAUUGCUGCUCAAACCAGACAAGGAGAUUGACCAUCAGGGCAACCACAUGAUAGUGAAGACCCUCAGCACGUUCCGCAACUACAUUCUGGAAUUCGAGGUGGGAGUUGAGUUUGAGGAGGAUCUAAGGAUCGUGGAUGGACGAAAAUGCCAGACCAUUGUAACCUGGGAGGAGGAGCAGCUGGUAUGUGUGCAGAAAGGGGAGGUCCCCAACCGAGGCUGGAGACACUGGCUGGAGGGAGAGAAGUUGUAUCUGGAACUGACUGCAAGGGAUGCAGUGUGCGAGCAGGUCUUCAGGAAGGUCAAGUAGCCAGAGGAGAGCUGAGGGCCCCUCCAGACUGCACUGGUGUCCAGACUCCUCUUGCUCAUAACCCUUCAAGGCCAGAUUGUCCCAGGUCAGCAGUCCCUUUCUCGGGCCACUUACUCUGCCUCCAGGUCUCUCCUCACCCCUCCCCAUGUUAAUCUAUAACUUGCAGCCCCCGGGCCAAAGUCCUUUUUCCUCACAC